AUGGACUACCAAGCACCCAAUCCCACCGUAGCUGAGCUCGAAAUGCCCGGUAAGUCUGCUGGUGUUAAAAUUUGGGGCUCUUGCAAUGGAGUGUUACUCGUAGAUAUUAAUGGGGAGUUAAGUUUAUGGAACCCAUCAAUUAGAAUGUAUCAGAAAAUUCCACGACCUAAGUUCACCCGUUGUUCGAUAAUGUAUGCGCUUGGUUACGACUCUAUUAACGAUGAUUUCAAGGUUGUUGCGGCUGUUCAGGCUGUUCCCCCUACAAGUGAUGUUGUUCAUGUGUUCAGUUCUAAACUAAGCUCAUGGAAGAGCAUUGGAGACUUUGGUUACUCUUGUCGUCUUUAUGGGCGAGGGAGUGUUCUGAAUGGGGCACCGCAUUGGUUUGCGAGUGGAAGCACCGAUAUCGAUGUAUGUUAUUUCCAUAUUGCUUGUUUUGAUGUUAUGGAAGAGAAAUUCAAGGAGGAAUAUGGCGUGAAAGAAUCUUGGACCAAGUUGUUUGUUGUAUCAAAUGUGCCACCAAAUGUGCCAGGAGAGCCGUUUUUCGAAUUCUGUACGCUGCUGUGUUUCACGAAGGAUGGAGAGUUUGUAUUGAGGUUGAGGUUAGGGGCGUCGAUGAAGUUAGCGAUCUACAAUCCAAAACAAAAAACUUACAAGAGGAUUGGGAUGCCUCAGAAUUGGAAGGGAUUUGAUGUUGAUUUAUACGUGGAGAGUCUUGUUUCACCUCUGGGCUGCAACAGCACUAGAAGGUACUGA